AUGAAGAUUCCAUCCUGCUCAUCUUUCCUAACAACCAUCGGAGCCUUGCUGCUCCUAGCUGCGCCGACCACGGUCACCGCGCACGGACAAAUGACCAAACCCACACCGCGACCCAUCUCUCAAAAGUACCGAGCCGACUCCGGAGCACUCAGCAGUGCCGGAGACCAAGAGCUCCAGUACGCACCGGUCGAGCUUCUCAGCAGCAGAGCACAGUCGGACCGACCGGCAGCGGCCACGUUCAACAUCAUGAACGGAUGUAGAGGAACCGUCUACGAGGCCAGCAAUACCGUCACCGAACUCGAAGCUGGCACACCCUUCGACGUUGAAUGGGUCAUCCAGGCACCGCACCCUGGUACCAUGGUGCUCAGCAUCGUCAAACCGUCCACCGACAUUAGCGGCACCAUCACGUACGAGUCUGUGGCCGAGCUGCUAACUAUCGACCCGUUCGCUGUGAACUCGAAUGACAAGACUAGCACGACGACCAGGAUCCCAACAAGCGUGACGGGAUGCGGGUCGCCGGGAGACUGCGCACUGCAGUUUUACUGGCAUUCGGACCUGGCGAGUCAGACGUACCCGACAUGCGCCGAAAUUGUGGUGACUGGAAGCGGCGGUGCGAACGGACUAACUACAACGGCGCCAAGUACCGCGACACCGCCGCCAAUGGCAACUACAGCUUCUCCAACGACUAUAACAAGUACUUCAUCACCUUCUACUGCCGCUCCAACAGCAACUCCACUUGUGAGCAAUACUGCAUCGGAAGAGGCUUCAGCGCCUUCCACAACUCCGGAGAAAUGCAUACGCCGCCAGCGACGCCUUCGGAAGCUGCUUGGUUGA